AUGUGAUUAAAGCAGAGGAGGACUAGUGUCAGCUGAUUUGUGCACAUCAGCUGCCGUUCUUGUGUCUGUUCUGCACUUCUGUCCAAGCGCUGUUUAUCGGCCCUUUUACCCGACAGGUGGCGAUGACCCGGAUAUAUCAGUAACAAGUCGAUCACAGGAGCCGCCGGCUGGAUAUAUUCUACCACCUGGGUUCAACGUAGGUGACUUGUGUGUGUUGGUUCUCUCGGGGUGGGAGGUAAGAGUGUGUCCGGACUACAAGAGAUGGCUCUGUUAAUGGAGCACCAGUUCAGACAGCUGCCAGCUGACAGACAGGUGGAAACAAGACCGUUUCUGGAGGCUGUGUCAUACCUUCCACCGUUCUUUGACUGCCUUGGAUCUACUAUUUUUGCACCCAUAAAGGCUGACAUAUCUGGUAACAUCACAAAAAUCAAGGCAGUUUAUGAUACCAACCCAGGACGGUUCAAGACACUCCAGCAGAUUGUGGAGGCAGAGAAGGAAAUGCAUGGGGCACAAUGGCCCAAAGUCGGAGCAACGUUGGCUCUCAUGUGGCUAAAAAGGGGUCUACGGUUUAUUCAAGUCUUCCUUCAGAGCCUGGUGGACGGUGAAAAGGAUGACAGCAACCCGAAUCUCAUUCGAGUCAAUAUCACCAAAGCCUAUGAAAUAGCCCUGAAAAGGUAUCAUGGCUGGUUGGUGCAACAGCUCUUCAAGGCAGCUCUUUUCGCUGCUCCGUAUAAAUCAGAUUUCCUGAAGUCCCUCUCCAAGGGUCGGGAUGUCAAGGAAGAGGAAUGCUUGGAAAAAAUCAGAAAAUUCCUCAUCAACUUCUCUGCCACUGUUGAUGCCGUUUAUGAAAUGUAUAAUAAGAUGAAUGCUGAUCUUGAUUACACAGUGUGACUGCAGGACCUUCCCCUUUCCUCCGGUGAUUCACUUAGUUUACAUAUUCAUUUACAAUAAACAGUCUACAGUUCUGCAGUCUACAUCUUGACACGGCUCCCUUCAGAUCAUCUGUGGGAGUGUGUUUAUAAUACUCUCUGCUGUUACACAUCAAAUGUUUGUGCACCUUUAGUCAUCUGUGUGCCUGUUCUGGCUUUCUCAGUAUGCCUUUUCCUCACUGUUGUUUGAGUCUGGGGCAAAGCAGCAGCAGAUUUAAACUGUAAACUGUUCUCUAUGAAGAGUCAUGUUUCUUCACAGGAAAAAAUGUUAUGUUUAAAUGCAAUAGCAUUGCCAGAUAUUUAUGUGCAUGGUCACAAGGACCAUGUGCUACUUACUCAACAAAUGUUUUUGAGUGGUGUCUGAUGUUGACAGAUUCAGUGAGCCAGAUCACUAUCAAAACUGAAUGUAAUACAAACAUGUAGUCUUUGUUAUAAUCAUUUGUACCUUUUUAUAGUGAUUUUUUAAAGUUUUGAACAAAAUAAGGGCUGCAUUUAUUUGUAAUCAUACAAAAAUGUUUAAAAUUACAAAGCAACAAUUAAAACUGUGGUAUGGCUGUGGCUUAAAUUUUGAAGUGAAAUAAUCAGAAUCCAAAACACAUAAUUAACGCGAUUUACAAAUACUUUGGAAAAGUAUGUUUUUAAAUAAUCUAUAGUUGUCCAUGUUUUCUGGGGAUUGGAGUGUAGUUUUUACUUUUUAAUGAACAAUUUUACUUCUAAGUUAUUACAUUGCCCCAAGUUAUUUAUUACAAGUUAUACAAAACAUAACCAGUUUAUCCAUUACCGUCACGUCUUUGACUUGUUCCACUGCAUCAUGUCUAGAAUAUUCUGCUGGCAUCAUUUUUGAAAAGCUCACGAAAUACAAGAAGAUGUAUGUACACUGUUGUAAACAGCUUCUACUAUUGCACACACCUGUUUGUGCCUUAAGAUGGAGGCACGGAGCAUUAAGUAACCAUGUCAGCUUUUCUGCCUUUAGUCCUUUAUAUUUUUAUACUUGUCACUUUGUGUAAACCAGGCAGGUUAAUUAAGCUAAAUGUUAAUUAUUACUGAAGGUGUGGUCUGCUUCUUUAAUACUUCUAAGCUAUGCAGGACUUGAAUACGUAUCUUUACUAUUCUUCCAAAGCAAGUGCUUUUCUAUCCACUCUGCUCUAAGGUGCUUACGUAAAACUGAAUGUGUAUUUUCUUUAGACCUCAUUGCUGAGGGGAUAUAAAGUGUUGCAUAAAGACCUUUUUCCUUCUACGCAGUUGAUAGAUAGAUGGGACAUUUCAGAUGCUUGGCAAAGCUAGGUUAGAUGUCAAAUGUGAUAUUUUGGCAACAUACUGACCUUGAAUAGAGGUCAUGUUGGUGGCCCUUAGUUAAUCAAUACUCUUUUGAGUUUGUGUUCUAAAAUGCUCGUCUGAUGUCUUUUGUGCCUGAAACUAUGUUGCAGUGUGUGUAUAGUGAAAAAUAACAAAAUCUUGUAUUUUCAGCAUAUGUAAACCAUAAUUGGCAUUAAAAAUAUGUGCAAUAAUUCAA